AACGAACACCUACACUCCUCUGGACCGGUUUAAGCUGUUCUUCGCUGAGGCCACUGUCAGGACGCUGUGUCAGAACACAAACAAACAGGCUGCCAGGAAUAUCGCAAAAGGAUACAAAUACAAGUGGACUGACGUUGAAAUCUACUCUUUUUACAUGGCGAUAAUAAAGCUGGACCAAAUCAGGGAUUACUGCCGGGGAAAAAUGCAUUUUCUCGGUUCUGUUCCCGUCAACAGUGAUGUACAGGGACAGAUACGCUACCAUUUCCAGGGAACGUUCACAUGAGCGAUCCCGACAAGGACCGAGACGACGACAAAAAGCGAGGCACACCAGAACACGACGGCCUGUUCCAGGUGAAGCCCCUCAUGGGCGACAUUCAGAACGCCUGCAAAGCCCUUUAUCUUCCUCGCAAGGUCCUCGCGGUGAACGAAAGAAUGAUAACAACCAAGGCCAAAACGGUCAAGAAGGCGAAGCGAUCGAAGUGGGGCUUCAAGUUGUUCGGGCUCUUUGACUCGAGCAACGGCUACACGGUGGAUUUUUCUGUGUACGCGGGAAGACACGUCGGGCUUUCGCGUACCUCUGUAACGUCCCUCGUGACUCGCUCCUGCCUGGGCUCUGGGUACCACGUGCACAUGGACAGUUUUCACACAAGCCCAAAGCUCCUCAGGGACUUGCACGCACAACACUUUGCCGCUUGUGGGACGUACCGGGACAACAGGAAGGACUGCCCACGCAACGCAAGCAACGCAAGGGAUCUUACAGGUGGAUUAGGGACGGCCCUCUGCUUUUUGUGA